AUGGCAAAUGACAGACCGUUAGCUGCGCAUGAAAUUUUAGAUGCUUUAGAAAAUGUUUCUGAUAAUGAAGAAGAUUAUAGAGAACGACUGAUAUGUAUUCUACCUCCUCCUGUUGAUCCUGACUGUCUCACUGACGAAGAUUCGGGUGAAGAAGAUAAUGUAACUUUGAAUAAUUUGCCACGAAACAUUCUGCUUCAACCGGCUGAAGUAAUGAUUCAAGGGCAGAUUAUGGUGAGUGAUACAGAAGAAGAACCUUCUGAUUCUACAGGUCGAACUAAACGUAGGCGUACCUACGCAUGGAGAAAACGGGACUUGGCAAAAAAUGCCGUGAAUUGGCCAGAUGUUCAAGGCGCUUGCCAAGAUAAGCGCCCAAUUGAGUGGUUUGAGAACUUCUUAGAUGAAGAUGUUAUUUCGUUGUUGGUGUCAGAGAGCAAUAAAUAUGCUGUCAAAAAGAAUUUGCCUGGAGACAUAACCACUGAAGAUAUGAAAUGUUUCAUCGGUAUAUUGUUGGUUAGUGGUUAUUCAUGGCUCCCCCGUAGAAGAAUGUAUUGGGAAAACUCCCCUGAUACAAAGAAUGAAUUGAUCAGCUCGGCUAUGACUAGGGAUAGAUUUGACUUUAUUUUUCGCCACCUUCAUGUCAAUGAUAAUCUGGAUUUGCAAGACAAAUACACAAAAGUACGCCCCCUAGUUACACUUCUAAAUAAGAAGUUCUUAGAGUUUUCUCCUCUUGAAGAGCAUUACAGUGUAGAUGAGGCCAUGAUCCCCUACUAUGGUAGACAUGGCUGCAAACAGCACAUAAAAGGAAUAAAUCCUAAACAGUCUGCCAAACGCUUCUCACAAAGUGAAAAGAGAAACAUUGUCAUAGAAGAACCACAUAUGGUGUCCAUCUAUAACAAAUAUAUGGGAGGAGUGGAUCGGUCUGAUGAAAAUAUUUCACAUUACCGAAUUGGUAUAAGAGCCCUACACGUGAAUCCUACAUUUAAAAGUAAAAUGAAGGUCAAGCUGGCUGCUCAAGUUUUAAGUAAUACUGUUGCUGCCAUCCUAAAACAUAUGGCUGAAAAGUACGGAGAUAGUGUCAAAGCCAAAGAAAUCUUAGAGACUGCACAAAUUAUGAUCGACUUUUUUCGAUUGUACCAAUGGUCCCUCCUCCAGAAAAGAUAUAAUCAGGAACAGAAGAGAAAAUGUCUCCAAGAAAACUAA